CUCGUGGCACCGUAUCUUCACCUCCAGUAAGACCACGGAGAAAAACAACUGAAUCAUGACAUUAACAUCUCUCCCUCUCUCUCUCUCUCUCUCUCUUAACCGUUGAGUUUCAGUUCCCACUCCAUUUCGUGUUAUUUUAAUCCAAAACCCUAGAAUUCUCCUACAUUGACCGCUGCUCUUAACGUUUUCGCUCUCUCUCUUGACCAUUCGAACCAAAAGCAAAUCCCCAAUUCCCCAACUGCUCCGUACUAUGUUUCUCAAUCGGUCCCUCACACCAUGAGCGACUCUCAGAGCCCCACCUCAUCCUCCUUUGACUCCGCUUCCGGCUCCGCCGCCGAUCAGUAUAGAAUGUAGUCCGGAGUCGGAGAAGUGGUGAUGGUGCUCAAACGCUGGCUUCUGAGCCAUCACGCCGCUGGCGGGAUAUAUUUUGGUUGGCAAUAUUUAUGCUUCAUUUGGUGGUUUUGGGACUCAGCCUUGUGGUUCUCGGGCUCAAUAGGUAUGGGAAAAAAGAUAGGCUAAACAUUGAUAGGUACACCCCUCGAUAUACAGAACACCACGGUGGCUUGACGGAGGAUUAUUGGCCAAUGUAUGCUGUUGCCGGUGGUGUUGGGACUGUUCUGGGAUGUACUUGGUUGUUGUUCCUGGGUUCACAGGCCAACCAAAUGAUGAAGGUUUCAGUGCACAUUUUGACUACCUAUCUUGCUGUGAUUAGCGUUUUGUGUUUCUGGGGGAAGCUGUUCUUUUGGGGCGUUAUGUCUGGGAUUGGUGCUGCUUUGCAGUUCUUGUAUGUCAUAUCAGUAAUAGACAGACUUCCAUUUACCAUGCUGGUAUUGCAAAAGGCUGUGAAGAUGGUAUGGAGUCUUCCAAAAGUUAUGAGAAUAGCAUAUGCAUUCAUGCUUGUCAUGCUUCUGUGGAUGGGAUUAUGGUCUUUUGGAGCAGCUGGUGUCGUGGCUUCGAGCAUGGGUGAUGGUCAACGCUGGUGGCUUCUUGUGGUUUUAUCUGUAAGCUUAUUCUGGACAGGUGCAGUCCUCUGUAAUACUGUACAUGUUAUAGUAUCUGGGAUGGUGUUUCUUGUUCUUAUCCAUGGUGGUCAUGAACCAUCAUCAAUACCUUCGAAUUCCUUGAUGAAGUCUUUACGAUAUGCUGUGACAACAUCUUUUGGAAGCAUUUGCUAUGGAUCACUCUUUACAGCUGCUAUUCGGACAUUACGGUGGGAGAUUAGGGGAGUUCGGUCGAAGAUUGGCAACAAUGAGUGUUUACUUUGCUGUGUCGAUUUCCUAUUUCAUCUUGUGGAGACCCUAGUUCGUUUUUUCAACAAGUAUGCCUAUGUUCAGAUUGCUGUUUGUGGCAAAAGCUUUAACCAUUCAGCAAGGGAUGCCUGGGAGUUAUUCCAGUCAACUGGAGUUGAAGCGCUUGUUGCCUAUGAUUGUUCAGGUGCAGUUCUGCUAAUGGGAACUCUUUUGGGUGGGCUUGUGACUGGAACUUGCUCAGGAGUUUGGACCUGGAUUAAAUGGAGGGACAAAAUGAGCAUGGUGGGGUCCACUGCAAUGUUGAUGGGAAUGGUUUUGGUGGGACUGGCAAUGGUCGUGGUUGAAAGUGCUGUUACAUCCAUAUACAUCUGUUAUGCAGAAGAUCCAUUGUUAAUUCAUAGAUGGGAUUCCGAGUUUUUUGACCAGAUGUCAGAGAUGCUACACCAACGUCUUCAGUAUAGGAGCGCGCGAGCAAGGGAAGUAUUAACUCACAAUCGGUUUGAUGGCCACACACAAGAAAUGCUACCUGCUUGAAAUGUUACCUGUGUUUACAAAAUGCACAAUGUAAUUCAACUCUUUAAUUUAUUAAUUUAAAUCAACUACAUGAAGAUUGUUCAAACAUUA